AUGGAGAAUAAUACAGAGAUAAGUGAAUUCAUCCUGCUGGGGCUAACCAGUGCGCCAGAACUGCAGGUCCCAUUCUUCAUAAUGUUCACUGCUGUCUACCUCCUCACCCUGACUGGGAACCUGGGAAUGAUCGUGUUGAUCCUGCUGGACUCUCAUCUCCACACCCCAAUGUACUUUUUCCUCAGUAACCUUUCUCUUUUAGACUUUUGCUACUCCUCCACAGUCACUCCAAAAGUGUUGGUUGGGCUGCUUGUAGAAGACAACGUCAUCUCCUACAGGGCCUGUGCUGCCCAGAUGUUCUUUUUUGCAGGCUUUGCCACUGUGGAAAGUUACCUCUUGGCCUCAAUGGCUUAUGACCGAUAUGUGGCUGUGUGCAAACCAUUGCAUUAUGCCGUCAUAAUGACAAAGAGCAUCUGUGUUCGUAUGGCUGUAGGCUGCUAUGUUGUUGGUUUUGUGAAUGCUUCUGUCCAAAUUGGAGACACAUUCCGACUUUCUCUCUGUAUGUCCAAUGUCAUUCAUCACUUUUUCUGUGAUAUCCCAGCAGUCAUGACUCUGACUUGUUCUGAUAGACACGUUAGUGAGCUGAUUCUUAUUCUUUUUUCUAGCUUUAAUGUCUUCUUUGCACUUCUUGUUAUUUUUAUUUCCUAUCUGUUAAUAUUUAUCACCAUUUUUCAGAUGCACUCAGGUGAGGGAUACCAGAAGGCUUUAUCGGCCUGUGGUUCUCAUCUUACUACUGUAUCUUUAUUUUAUGGGACUGUAAUGAUCAUGUACUUACAGCCCAGUUCCAGUCAUUCCAUGGACACAGACAAAAUUGCAUCUGUAUUUUACACUAUGAUCAUCCCCAUGCUAAAUCCUAUUAUUUAUAGUCUCAGGAACAAAGAAGUAAAGAGUUCAUUUAAAAAAGCAGCUGAGAAAGCAAAAGGUUUCCUAGGUUUGUCUUUCAAUGAUGUGAAAUCCACAGAAAGUUAA